UCCUGCAAUCUUUCGUUGGUGGCAGCCCGGAGGUGUGCAUCACAGUUUCAGCAUUGAUAAUGUCUACAUGGGCCCUGCUUGUCCUGACAACUGUCACCGUCAGGGAGUCUGUAAGUCUGGCAAGUGUCAGUGCUAUGUCACAGUUGACGGUGUCUUAGGUGAUAACUGCAGCCCCUUGAAAACAGCUCCUGCAGGAAUGUUGGACAGAUUUGAUAACAAAAAUAUGCCCUCAAUGAUAUACUGGGACAGAAUUCUUGGAGGCCACCUCGGACGAGCGUGCGGUACCGUGGAUUAUGAUAAUGCACUAUACUUUGGUGGUGAUGGCACCAGGGAAGCUGUAACAGUUGCAUUGAAUACAACACACAAAAAAAUCAUGGAAUUUUCUGUAAAAAUAGGAGACAAUAGAAACUCUGAGAGCUGCCGUGUGCCAAGAGACAGAAAUGAGGGUGUUGUUGUUGAUUUCUCCACUGAUAAUGGGAUCACCUGGCAAGUUUUGAAAGUUGUUGAGCCAAGUUUUGAGGACAUCACACCCAGCACUGUGCUUAUUGAGCUGCCUUCAAGUGCUAAACAGGAGAGAACCAUUUUUAGAUUCUGGCAGCCACUGGGUCUGGGAGAUAUGCCAAGAGCAGAGUGGGCGGUGGACAGUGUUAUGGUGGGUGUCAAUGAGACCAGUGACUAUGGUUUUGAGGAUACUUUUGAUGGAAGAAACCCUGAUCCACAUAACUGGUUCCUUGCUGAUUCUGCAGUUCAGAGAGAGACAUGCAACUCAAAUGAUAAUGCGCUGGAGUUCAGCAACAAGAAUGGUCUUCAACAGGCAGAAACCUGGGACUAUCAGGUGACCCCAUCAACAUUCCUUCAGUUUGACCUGGCCAUGAACUGUGGUUCAUUGCCUAUGAUCAACGAAUGCAAGCCACCAAACUUUGAGUGUUCUGGGUAUCAUUUGAGCUCAUCCUACAUGUCAGAUCAGUUUCCAGACUGGAGACGAGUCACUGUGGCACUGCCAGAGGGAGCUGUGUCUCCUGCAACACGAAUUCGCUGGUUGGGCCCAAAACCUGAACUAGGAAGUAAUAUUUGGGCCCUGGACAAUGUCUACUUGGGGGAUGAGUGCCCGUGGCUCUGCUCUGGUCAUGGGUUUUGCCAUCAAGGAAAAUGUCACUGUGAUCAAGGUUUCGGUGGGGAUUUCUGUGUUCCCUUUGUUCCACUACCUAUGGCCAUUCGUGAUGACUUUAACUCAGAGAAAUCUGACAACACUGUGUGGAAAGAGAUCUAUGGUGGAAGCAAUAGUCACAUGUGUGGGCCAGUUGUCACUGGGAGAUCUCUCACAUUCAACAAGGAUGGCCUUCGCAUGGCAGUUACACAGGACAUGGACACCACCAUGCUGGUCUCAGCUGAGUUUUAUUUCAAGUACGGCUGUGGCUCAGAAGCACCUUUCUGGCCCCGAAACCAAAGCGUGCUGCUGCAGUAUUCAGUGAACGGGGGAAUUACAUGGAAGCUUCUGAAGGAGAUUCAUUUCUCCAACACUUCGGCUCCAAAAUUCUACACACUGCUGUUGCCAUCAUCAGCAAAACAUAAUGCUACCAGGUUGAGAUCUGUCUGGUCUGUGGACAAUCUCUUCAUUGGCACAAUGGCUGUCAACCCUGGUUCAGUAGUGGAUAACUUUGACACUGACCAACCCGAUCCAAUGUCAUGGAUUUUUGUGAAUGAUGGAACUGUGGAUGAAUAUUGCUCUCGCAAUUCUCGCUCUUUGACUGACACGGGAGUCACAUCCCUUGUGUUCCGGCGUGAAGAAGGGGGAGAACUAUCUGCGAUUUCCUCUGACCUUGAGAUUGGACCAAUGUCAAUUUUGCAAUUCGAUAUAAAUGUCGGCUGUGGAGCAGAGCCUACAUCCAGAUACCCAGUACGACUUGAAUAUUCCACUGAUGGUGGCUCCACCUGGUCCCUGGUUGGCCCCAACUGUAUGGACAAGACAACGGCAUCAUGCUUUGAAAGUACACUCCCCACAACCAUAUACUAUGCUGGUGAUAGCUUAUACUGGCAGCGUAAAGUAGUGCCGCUGGAUCAUCUACAUGUCUGCGGAACACUUCGAUUCCGCUGGUAUCAAGGGAAAAUUCCUGACACUGACUUUGGACCAGAAUGGGCCUUGGACAAUGUUUACAUAGGAAUGGCAUGUCCUGACAACUGUAACGGCCAUGGCUAUUGCUUAGGUGGUGUCUUGUGUCAGUGUGAUCCAGGCUAUACAGGAGCAACAUGUGUAGCUGAUGAUGCCCGUCCAUCAUACCUCAAGGAUGAUUUUGACAGUGUUGAUGUCAUCAUUAGACCAAAAGUUGAUGUUCUGUUGCCCUCAUCUGUUUCAGACAAUAGACUGGAUGUAAAUGAGAAAAACUGGCAGUUGUGGUCAGGCGGUCAUCCUGCUAAUCAUCACCAGUGUGGAAAAAUCUUCACUGGAGCGAGCUUUGUCCAUGACAGGGAGGGUCAUAGGACACUUACCACUGUUCCAUUGGACUUGUCAAGAGCCAAUAUUAUUCAGUUCUAUCUGAAACUUGGCUGCAACAACACAGUGACCAAGUUGUCACCACCAGUCUUCCUGCAGUACUCCACCAAUGGAGGUAUUACAUGGACAACAAUGGAGCAGUUUGACUUUAAUCCAGACAGCAAUAAACCAAAGUACAUUGCAGCACAUAUUGCUCAGGGAGCACAGACAAAUAUCACACAGAUACGCUGGUGGCAGCCUUCCACAACUGGAAGAUAUGAUGACCACUGGGCUAUUGAUCAGAUUUAUAUUGGAGGGAAAUCUGAUGGAGAAGAUAUACUUCAAGAUGAACCCGGUCAGCCACUGAACACAACAUGGCUGGAACACCCUGGAGCUAAGGUACAGCCUUUCUGCAAGUCUGAUGGAGCCACUAUUCAUUUUAGAGAAAAGGAAUCAGAAAGAUAUGCAAGCACAGCAGAUGUGAUGGUGGGUGACGGCAGCAUUCUGCAGUUUGAAUUGGCUAUGUCAUGUGAAACAGUACUGGGAAAAGACCAGCAGUGUUAUGAUGUAGUCCUGGAGUACAGUUUGGACAUGGGGAAAACUUGGCGUUUGCUAAGACCGUCUUGUUUUCCCUCUAUGAAUGGAUGUGGAAGUUAUCAUGCCAGUACAGCCUUCACGUCUGAUAUUUACACAGGCUGGCACAGAGUGACAAUUCCCAUUCCUAAAAAUGCCUGGUCAACUCAGACAAGAUUCAGACUGUAUCAAGUGCAAGGAUUCUCCAGUGAUCAGUCAUGGGCUGUGCAGAGUUUGUACAUUGGUUCUGCUUGUCCCAACAGAUGCAGUGGCCAUGGCAGAUGUGUCGCCAGCCAGUGUGUAUGUGAUGAGCACUGGAAUGGCACAGACUGCAGUGUCACAGAGGAGCAUCUGCCAACUAUCCUUGUUGAAGACUUCUUGGAGAGUUAUAACAAAAACAAUUGGGAUCAAGUUGUUGGGGGAUCAGUCUCUCAGCCUUGUCGUCUGGUGUCUGCUGGUGAUGUUCUCCAUUUCAAAGGACCGUGUUCCAGGCUGUUACAGACCAAACCGCUUGACCUGCAGGCAGCCGUGCUAAUCCAGUUCUACUUUCUGUACGGAUGUGUCAAGAACCCAGCAAAACGGGACGAGGGUGUCAUUCUGGAGUUUUCUACUGACCAUGGCAUCACCUGGCAGUUUGUGACAGAAAUGCACUAUAACCUGUACAGAACACCAACGUUACAUUGGUCCCCAGCAUGUGGGGGAACAUGCACACACAAUGAAUAUAACUGUGUCAAUACAGCAUUGGUGAACAUUGACUAUUCCACUGACCACGGGAUGACCUGGACUGACCUAGUCACUCACUGUUUGAAUGACAUGUCCUGCCAGCCUCAUUCUAAGACUGCAGCUGGACACUAUCAUGGCUUACACGACAGCUGGCGCAGAAUUACAAUACCCCUCUAUGGCCUGCCUGUGUCCAACGGAACCAGAUUCAGGUGGCAGCAGCUGCCAGGAGGCAUGCCAGGAUCACAAGAUUGGGCUCUGGGCGAUAUCUACAUUGGACCAGCUUGUGAAGAUAAUUGCAACGGACAUGGCUUCUGUCUGAUGGAGGAAUGCAUCUGUGAUGGUGGUUUUGGUGGAGAUAAUUGCAACCUCCUCACAACUAACAUUCUUGUUAAUCAACUCAAAGAUACUUUUGACAUUGUCAACAAGCUUAAUGAGACGAAAUGGCCAUGGGUACAAAAUGGAAAUGUUCAGAUUCCAUGUCGAAACUUAGUUCAAGGACCAGCUUUGGUAUUUUCUGGCGUGGGGACAAAAGAAGUUGUCACUGGUAAUCUUGAUCUAAGAGAUGCAAGAUUUGUGCAGUACACAGCCUUCAUGUGGAGUAAAGAGGGACAUCACAAUUUGUGUAGUCUGCCCCCAGAUCAUAAAUAUCAGAAUGUAUUUCUCCAGUAUUCAGCUGAUGGUGGAAUCAGCUGGCACACCCUACAUACUCUAUCACCCCAGAGAUACUGGCCCCAGAUGCAUGACUAUAUCUCACUGCCCAUAGCAGCAAGAACAAACAGCACUAUCAUUCGCUGGAUACAAGCUGAGGCCCCACCAAUGACAUUGCAGCGCAUCAACUGGGCUCUUGAUGAUGUUUAUAUUGGAGGCUGGGAGAUUAACCCGAGUGUUUAUCAUCAGUCAUUUGAUGAAGAUGCUCCAGGAGACGAUCCAGCUGCCUGGGAGUUCAGCCCCAAUGGUGUGGUGGAGGGAGAAGGAGGUCACUGCUUCUCUGAAGGCCUCAGUGGAUCAGCCAUGGUGUGGCCAGAUACAAGGAAUAAAGAUGCCAGUGAGCAAAUUCAAAAGUUUACAACUAAUCAGAUGAUAGUGCAGCCUGGCUACAUGCUGCAGUUUAAGAUGAUCAUUGGCUGCGGCAAAUAUGGAGAAAUAUGCUCUGCCCCAGACAGUGUUAUCAAGCUUGAAUACCGCCGUAACCCCAGCUCUGAGGUGUGGGAUGCUGUGCUACCUUCUUGCCUCCCCAGUAGCCAGAAUGGGGGCUUGUGUAAUCCCCAUCAGCAUCAUCAUGCAAGCCAUUAUGUCCUGUCACAGUUCCUCACUUGGACCAGGGUGACCAUACCACUGUCAAAGGUGACAUUUUCAAGUUCAACACAGUUUAGAUGGCUGCAGACUGGACAUAAUGGCUCUAUAUCCUGGGCACUUGAUGACAUUUAUAUUGGUGAGAAGUGUGAAGAGAUGUGCAGUGGUCGAGGUGACUGCAUUCACGGAGUGUGUCACUGUGAUACUGGCUAUUCAGGUCCUUCAUGCUUGCCAAACAGCAAUGAUCUUCUAUCGAGGCUGUUUGAUUCGUUUGAAGGUGGCAUUUUCACAACUCACUGGUACACCAUAUCUGGUGGAGGUAUUGGGUUUGGGUGUGGAGCCCUGCUUCCAUAUGCUCAUGGAAAAACUCUGUACUUCAAUGAAUGUGGUGAAAGACAGGCAGUCACAGUCGAACUGGAUACUCUGCAUGCUAUCAAAAUCAUCUUUGUCAUUCAGAUAGGCUGCUACGCUCAGACAGACAACUGUAAUGUCAACUUGGCUGAAGGACCAAACUACAGGGGCGUUCUACUACAGUACAGUAAAAACAAGGGAGCAGAAUGGUUUCUAAUUGCCCAGCAUGACCCAGUUGACUUCUUGCGGCCAAAGAGGGUUGCUUAUGAAAAUCCCCAAGCAGCGAAAGGAAUUGGGACGCAGUUCAGAUGUCGCAAACCGCAUAGACGAGGGAAAUGGAAAAGUUAA